CAGGUACAUGCAGCUGAUCUCGAUGUUUGUUGCACGCUCUGUUGUGAGACACUUCCAUUAUUUCUCCACCUCCAGUGCCAAAAUGCCCUUGAAGUUCGCAGCUAAUAUUUCUAUGCUAUUUCAAGAAAUAGAAGGGUUAGAAAACCGGUACAAAGCGGCUAAGGAAGCAGGGUUUAAAGCCGUUGAAUGCACGUUUCCCUACGAAGUUGCCGCGGACAAACUAGCAGAAGCAAAAGAAGCUGCCGGCAUUGAACAUGUGUUAAUAAAUGCAUGGCCUGGUGACUUAAAAGGUGGAGAUAUUGGCAUAGCAGCCAUUUCAAGUCGUAGGUCAGAGUUUAAAGAAAAGUUGGAAACGUCAAUACAGUAUGCCAAGGCACUGGGAUGUAAAAGAAUGCAUGUAAUGGCAGGACGUCAAACUCAGUUUAUAGAUACAGCAAUGAAGGAUGUUUACCUUGAGAACAUUGGAUAUGCAGCUGAGAGACUCCAGAAGGAAGGCAUCUUGUGUCUGAUUGAAGCAGUUAACUCAAAAAUCAGCCUACCAGGUUACUUCAUGGACAAUUAUGAAAAAGCUGUGGAGUGUAUCAAGAAUGUGAACCACCCUAACUUAAAGCUGCAAUUGGACAUAUUUCAUCUCCAGAUCAUGCAUGGUAACCUAACAGGCAUGAUAAAAGAGUAUAUGCCAUGUGUUGGGCACAUGCAAAUAGCCCAAGUCCCUGACAGACAUGAACCUAACACUGAUGGAGAGAUCAAUUACAAGUAUGUGUUUAAAUUACUAGAAGAAGUGGGCUAUGAUGGUUGGAUAGGGUUGGAGUAUAAGCCUAAAGGGAACACUGUUGAAGGUCUGAAGUGGAUUCAAGAAAUGGGAUAUCAGCUUUAGGAUUGGACAUGAGUAAUGACUUUGAGAUAUUGUAUUUUAUUAAUUGUUAAUGAUCCAGGUAUAGCAUAUAAUGUUUAUAAUGUUAAUGCAAUAAGGCUUUA